AUGUGUAAAGAUGAACGCAUCUCAAGCAUUCAGUCGAUUUAUGCUGUUGUUCAACAAGCUCAACAACAACAACAACAAGCAGUUGAUGUUCUCAUUAAAUAUGUGAAACAACAAACUGUUAUAAACGAAAAAUUAAAGAAUUUAAUGUUAAGAAUGGAACACCAUAUGGUGGAACAAAACUCGUUAAUGAAACAGAUGAUAAAUGACAAUGCUGAAUAUCGUGCAAUAUCAAGCAAAUAA